GAGAACAGAGAUAGAUUAGAUAAACUGGGAAGACACAGAGAUGACUAGAUGGAUAGAGGGAAAGAAGGGGUGAGAUAAGGAGAGAAAAGAAGGUGUGAAUGAGCAAUAAAGAUAUUUGUAGGACAAGUCAUUAGGAAUUAACUAUAAAGUGAGAUGAUGAGAGAGAAAGAGAGAGUAAAGGUGAAGGAAAAAUGGGUUUGAGUGAACCAGAUCGAGAUGCCCUGGUAGCAGCUGUUCACUGUGAGCACCCCUAAUUUCCCUGAUUUACAUAUCGCUGUCAAUCACACCAAUGGAAUCCAAUCAGAAAGUGGGGGACGGAUUGGCGGGGACACAGAAGGAGGUGGCUCUCAGAGCCCUGAUCCAGCGCACGGGAUACCAGCUAUUACAGGAGAACGGACAGCGGCGGUAUGGCGGCCCCCCGCCGGGCUGGGAGGGCCAACCACCAGAGAGAGGCAGCGAGAUCUUUGUUGGGAAACUUCCCAGGGACCUGUUUGAGGAUGAACUGGUCCCUCUCUGCGAGAAGUUUGGUAAGAUCUACGAGGUGAGGAUGAUGAUGGAUUUUAAUGGGAACAACAGGGGCUACGCCUUCGUCACCUUCACAACAAAACUGGAAGCUAAAGCCGCCAUGAAACAGCUCAACAACUAUGAGAUCAGGAAUGGUCGUCUCCUCGGCGUUUGUGCGAGUGUCGAUAACUGUCGUCUGUUUGUCGGUGGGAUUCCCAAAACCAAGAAACGGGAGGAGAUCCUGUCCGAGAUGAAGAAGGUGACAGAUGGGGUCAUGGAGGUCAUCGUCUAUCCCAGUGCUGCUGACAAAUCCAAGAACCGAGGAUUCGCUUUUGUGGAGUAUGAAAGCCACCGUGCCGCUGCCAUGGCCCGCCGCAAACUACUGCCAGGUCGAAUCCAGCUUUGGGGUCAUGCGAUCGCUGUGGACUGGGCGGAGCCUGAGGUGGAGGUGGAUGAGGAUACUAUGGCAACCGUCAAGAUUCUAUACGUCAGGAAUCUGAUGCUGCAGACCACAGAGGAGACCAUAGAGAAAGAGUUCAGCAGCUUAAAACCGGGUUCUGUGGAGAGAGUGAAGAAGAUCAGAGACUAUGCCUUUGUCCACUUCACCCAGAGAGAAGAUGCCAUCAAUGCCAUGAACGUUCUAAAUGGCAAGGUAGUAGAUGGGUCCCCUAUUGAGGUCACCCUAGCUAAACCGGUUGACAAAGACAGUUAUGUGCGCUACACCAGAGGUACAGGAGGACGUGGCGGCUCUCUGCUACAGGCUGACUACACGGCCUACACCUUAGGACAGUUCUACGACCCCUCAGCAGCGUACCUGGGUGCACCGGUGUUUUACGCUCCCCAGCCGUACACGGCCAUACCCAGUCAGUUCCGCUUCCCGGGGACCAAGGCCCACAUCGGAGGCAGGGGUCUGAUCAGAGCGCCCUCUGUCAGAGAAAUUUACAUGACUGUACCUGUAGGGGCUGCGGGGGUGCGGGGGCUGGGGGGGAGGGGCUACCUCACCUACGCCACUGGGAGCGGAGCCAUAGGGCGCGGCGCGAGCGGCGCAACCUACGGCCUGAAGCCAGAGAAACGUCCGGAGGAGAAGCUGUACGACCUGCUGCCCGGCAUGGAGCUGACCCCCAUGAACCCUGCUGCCAUGGCCCUCAAACUGCCGGGAAUCAAACACGCGCCACAGAUCCUGGAGGAAGUGUGUCAGAAGAAUAACUGGGGCCAGCCAGUCUACCAGCUCCACUCAGCUAUCGGUCCAGACCAGAGACAGCUCUUUCUCUAUAAAGUCACGAUACCUGCUCUCGCAACACAGUACCCUAACGUCCAUCCCUUCACCCCAGCUAAACUCUGUGCUACUGUAGACGAAGCUAAGGUGCAUGCUGCCGAGCAUACCCUGCAGACCCUAGGCUUGCAGACAGAGGGCGCCACCGACGCUACGCCAGCCGCCACUGUGGCUUCAGUCACCUUCCCAGGUUACACCUUGGCUAGUCCAUCAGCUACAGCCGCAGUGGCGUCCCAGCUGAAGCAGGCUGUGUCUCUGGGCCAGGACCUGACGGCCUACACCACCUACGAGGGUUACCCCGCCUUUGCCAUGGCAGCACGCCACGCCGACGGCUAUGGCGUGUUUUAGCACAGCGGUUUUCUGCAACAAAGAAUUUUUUCUUAAGCAUUUCACCAUUUGGGUCAAAGGCUGAAUCCCGACCGUUUGUUGUCCAAAAAAAAAAAAGGGGAAAAAAGACAGAAAAAGAGGAUUCUCUCCCUCUGUCUGUCUCUCUGUCUUUCUCAAAUUUGUUUUGUUACCUCCUUUUCCAGCAUCCCUCUUGUUUUAUCACUCUUAGUUUUCUUUUCCACCGGUGCCGUUUUUAUUCUUUUCCUUUCCACCUUUCUUUCCCUCGCUUCCUGUUCAUGUAUGACUUCUGGUUUGCUCAGAUACGUUCCUGAUGAUUUUCACAGGGUCUCUGUGAUUUGUUUAAAUAAUUCAGUAGCAAGAAGAAACGUCAUGAUUUGCCAUGUGGGUAGAUUUUUUUUUUUAAUCAGAAAAUCAGUUUUAAUCAUAUUUCAAUUGAUCAUUUGUUCUUUAAAUCGAGGUUAUCUUUCGCAUUUAACGUUUCAUUUGGGACGAAAGGGAGCUUGAGCUAUAUGUUUACUAUAUUCAAAAAUGUGCUGUUUAACUUUAGCUUGUUUUGUUUUUUUCGGUGACACUUUUUUUUCUACAUUUGUCUGAUCCUGUUGUUGAAGUUCUUUCACACCAAGGACUCGUUAGGGGAAUUGUCCCGUCUAUUUAUCCAGCGCCACAUCGGACGCAGAGCAUUUUUAAUACUGUGUUUGACUCUUCGUCUGAAUGAUGUCUUUGGUCUGUUUCUACCCGAUUUGUGGGUUUUAUAUUCACUUGUCCCAUCACUCGUAGUGUUCUCUGCAUCCAGACAGCUGCCCUUUGUUCUGAUGUGAGACGAUCACGGUCCCCUGUGGCAACGUCAGCACUACAACGCCUCUCACACGUGCCUUUAGAUGGACUGAUGUUGGCAUGUCGUUGCUAUCAGAACUAAAGGGACCCGUCCUAAAGGGACCCGUCCUCUCUGUAUUUGUAAUGCACAUGUUCUCGUUCGGGUGGACGCCUUUUAGAAAAUUAACAAAAAGCUCAGCUUGUGUCUGCGGUUAUUUUGCUUUGUUUCUAGACCGUUAAGUCUCAUUCAACAUGCAGAAGCUGAUGUAAGUCUUGAAUUUGAAGUUUUCCAGUACACCGUGAGCUCUUUAAGGGACCGUGUAACGCUAUGAUGGAAGUUGUCGCUUAACACAAGCCGUUAUUGUCGUGUUGGGAGUUCAUAUUUUCUAGUAGCUUCAGUAUUUAUGGAAGUCAGAUAGUGUUUUUUUUCUUCCCCUUCUGCAGAGUUUUCAUGUUGAGACAGUUGUUUAACUGAUUAGCUGGCUGCCUGUUUUCUUGCUGCUUGUUUUCUUGCACCUGCCUGACUGGACACUUUGCAUGCUGUGUGGUUCAUGUGGGGAUACAGGGUAGCGUUAACACAUUAUUAUAAGGACACUGAGCACAUUAUCAGAACGGAUAUGAUAAAUUACGAAGCCCAAAAAAAACAAAAAACAAAAAAAAACAAGGGGUUGACUGCUUUUUUUGACAGCUGCAUACACCACAAUUUGAUGAAACAGUCACGCCAAAUUUAUAACACGUCGUGUCUUAUCUCAUGAUUACAAUCUGUGACCAAUGCAUGAAAUUAGGAUACACAUAUCUUGCAAUGCUUUUCAGGUAAACUGUUACCGUAAUGCCAGUUUUUGGUCUAAUUAUGGCCCCCACUGUGUAAGGUCCAUAUCCUCAGUCUUCCACAAAAGUCUCGUUUAUCCAAAAGACAGCUAAACUCCUCAGCAGCUGGUGAGAAGUGGUCGAUUUCUCCAUUCAGACCUAUUUCCUUUCCAACCAUUUGCGAUAUUUGGUGAUUAAUUGCCAAUGGUCUGACAGGGUCAAGACGUGAUGAGUUUUAAUAUGUGAGAGACAUUGUGUGUAAUUUUCAGUAAACAGAAUAGGUGCGGUGGAAGGUCUUGGCAGCUGUAAAAUCUUGAAGGCCGGAUAGCACGGCCACGACCGAGUCCGUUCUCAUUGAAAAUCUGUUCACUUACUUUGGUGUGUUCUGUCCGGGCCUGCAUACUGUUUAUUGAUUAGCAGACAACCGGGAUGGAUAAAAAUCUGUCUAAGGUAAUCUCAACUUUCUAUACAAUAUCAGCAUUUAAAUCCAGAUAUGGCGUGUUCUGUUGGUUUCUUUUUUUUCCUGCUGUUUUAUUUAGUUACCUUUAUGUUGUUCCAAGUGAGUAGGCUGAAACCGGCUGCGGAGAAAUAUUACGAGCUGACAUGAGCAAUCGGUCCCAGAACAGUAGUGUAGGUAGUUCAGUUUGACUCAGGUGUGCUGUGGAUUUUAUUGUAGACAUGACAAACCAGGGCACAUGGAAUGAAACAUUCUUAUAGACAUGAACUAUGAACAUGCCAAAGCAGUGACAGUAUUAAAAGUGUGUGUAGCACUUAGAACUUAUUUUUAUACCAGUAAAAAUAU